CAGGGAUUCCAUAGGAAGCCGUAACUUGUCGCAGAAGUUGUCGUCCACUAGUCGCCAUAUUUAUCGAUCUAAACUUCCUGGAAAGAAUUUACAUCAAUGUGAAGACUACUAUUGACAGUUUUGUCUCUUGAUGACGCAAUGGCGGCAGAUUUUGAUCCGCACGACAAACUAAGUUGGUACUUCGGUCCACUUGGUCGAGAGGAGACCAAUGAUAUACUGAUGAAUGAAUGUGAUAGUGGCGUGUUCCUUGUACGAGAGAGCAGAUCAAUACGUGGAGACUUUGUGCUAUGUGUCAGGGAGGAUAUGAAAGUCAGCCAUUACAUCAUCAACCGCAUACAAGUGGGGAACAAGACGCGGUUCCGCAUCGGGGACCAGGAGUUCCCGGAUAUCCCUAACCUUCUUAACUUUUAUAAAACACAUUACCUAGAUUCAACAUCGUUAAUAAAACCGGCACCAAGGAUUAAGAUUGUAGCCAAAUAUGACUUUCCUGGAAGGGACCCCGAGGAUCUGCCGUUCAUGAAGGGGGAAGUGUUGGAAGUCAUCGCCAAGGAUGAGGAGAGCUGGUGGACUGCUCGCAACAACCAGGGCCGUGUCGGACAGAUCCCUGUGCCCUACUUCGGCAAGUAUCAGGAAGUGACAAGCCCACCUAGACCAGACUACCAGAGUCCAAUACCACCAAUGUUAACUGAUGUAACUCUGCCAGCAAAGGCUACUGUGAUCACCCAGCGGAUACCCAAUGCUUACGACAAAACACAGCUGAAGCUAUUGAAAGGGGAGAUAAUCACGGUCACAGCGAUGAAUGUUAACGGACAGUGGGAGGGGGAGGUGAAUGGAAGAACUGGAAUAUUCCCGUUUACACACGUCCGAUUUUUAUCACCCGAAGACCUGGAGAGGCUAAAUCAGUGAACUCUACUGUAGAUAAUCUGUACAGAGGGGUAUCUACAGGACACCCAGUAUUAACACCAACCAGAGACAGCUUGUCACCACACACCAACAAACAGUGGAACCAGUAUGUAGCACGGAUACCAUGCUAGCAGCUGAACACUCUCAUGGCCCAAGUGUCAAGCCAGUCUGUCCAUUUGUAGUGACGUCUCAAUGAAUGUGUCAAAGGGAGACAACUCUUGUUGGCGACAAGAGUUGUUGUUCUUUACUGAUUUGAUUAGUCAAACUGUUAAUCUGCAUUAGGUUGAAGAGUAAAGGGGUUUUGGUUCUGAGUUUCAUGAAUUUUCUUAUAAAGUUUGUCUGGAACUAAGGAAAUUGUGUAUUUGUUCUUGAAAUAAGUUCAGAAGAAACAGGACCGUGUAAAAUGUUUCGAAGACACAAUGACGGUAAAAAGAAUAUGUAAGCAAGACAUGGUAAUAGAUAUAUUUAGUAAAUUACCAGGACCUCACCGUGAAUAAGCCUUCUAUAGCAUCAGUCAUUUGUUUCAACAUUUCACCUGUGUAAUGUACAGACUUCUUUCAGAAGAAAAUCAAUAGUUAAUGCUUCAUUUUGAGUAAUUCCAAUGAAUGAGUUGUUGUUCUGGGUUUGCCACUAACCCAGUUUUGACUUGUUAAUUUUCUGAAUUGAUGAAAUUAUGUUAUUUGUAAUUUCUCAUGUUAUGCUUAUAUUGUAUAAUAUAUACCUCCACACCUGUUUACAUGUAAAUACUGUAGGGAAUAUGAGCUUUGAGCCAAUAGACUCUGUAGCUAUGAUCAGUGUAUCAUAAGAUAGGUAGAUGUGGAUAAUCAAAAUAAUUCAUGUGUAAUAUGAAAUGAUUUUUUAAUCCAGAACCCCUGUUGUUGACAUACAUCGAGGGAACGUUGAGUCUCUCUUAUUGGGUUUCUGUAUGAGUUAUUUCCCUUUUUAGUGCUCAAUUGACUAUAUAGGACCAUUACAAGGUGUUUGGGGAUCAACCCCAAAAUAUAAUGUCAGAUUUGUUCACUUUGUUUUAAAUAUUAAACUUUUCUCUUUACUA